CAGUAGCAGCCCUCGGUGUUCAAACAACAGAGGAGUGAUCCCUGUCUCCACUGACUAACAAUUCAUAAAGCCAUUACUACAAGAUGGGUGACCAGUGUGUAAAUGAUGAAAUGUGUGUCAAAGCAUUUAGUUCCAUGUUUGACUUUCAUGUAACUAUCAAUGAUAUCAGACAGUUCAAACCUGACUUUGUGCAGAAGAUAUACACUUGCUUCAUCCGAGACUUUGGAGCAUGUCUGGAACAGAUUCACCAGCUUCCGUUUGAUUUGUGUGAGUCUGUGCAUCAGCACCAGGAGAUGUACCACAAUGCAGUGAGAACAAUGGUCCUGGCCAAGGUCAUCAAAUUGUUCUUUGAGAUCAUUUAUAAUGACGACACCUUCUUACCUUCUGACCUUUUUGACCCCAAACCAAAUAGGACAAGAAGAUUUUAUUUCUUGCUAAUAGAGUUUUAUUAUGCUUCAAAUGAACACGCGGAACGCAUCAUUGAAAUUGAGAAUACUACCCGCAUAAAACGUGAGGCAAAGGAGAAGAUGCUUGAAAACUGCAAGCAGUUACAGGUGAAGAUUGGAAAUGUCAAGCUGGAGAAUGCUGAAAAUCAGAUUCGAGUAGAGCAGGAAUUAGAACGGAUAGAAGAAGAGAAGAAUAAAUUGCAAAAAUGUCAAGACAUAAGGCUUACCCUUAAGUCUCAAAUGGAAGCCCUCAAGAUGGAUAUAUCCACUCUAAUAACAGCCAAGAAGGAUGCUGAGUUGGAGGUUAUUGAGGGUAAGGAGAGGACAAAGGUGCUUUCAAGCCAGGUGGUGCAAGUCACUGAGCAUCAAGAAAUUCAGGAACGAGAUAGCAAAGUGGCAUCUCAUCAAAGUGUGAAUCAGGAAAAGCGUGAACGCCUGACAGAACUCAAACAUUUGGUACAAACGAGUAAUGCUACUGUAGAAGUCCUAAAUAAUCAGCUCUUAGUAAUGUUACAAGAUAUUCAACAAGAAGUUACAAAGAACAAAGAAAUCCAGACAAGCUUGUCACAACUAGAUCAAGAUAAAGCAGCACUACUGGAGGGGACUGAAGACAAUACUAUGCAGAUUCAGCAUUUAACUGAGCAGCUUGCAUCUAGACAGGGGAAGGUCUCCCAGAUGCGGCAAUCGUGGAACUUAAAGCAGGAGAGUAUCAUUGAAGAUCUCAACCAACUCAAGUUAGUGCUAGAACAAGUACGUCAGAGCCGUACAGAAGAGGAGAUUGUGUCUCAGGAGAUGGAGACUGAGCGUAUGAGGAUAAUGCAGGAUAUACAACAGUUGAAUGGGCAGACUGCCAACAUUGGUCGCAUUAUUGCAGCCAACUAUAAAAAGAUUAUUGAUACGAUUGAAAAACACAACAACGACCUGCAAGUGUCACUGGCUGACCUGGCACAGUGUAUGGAGCAGAGUCGUGUCAAGAACCCAGAGAAGCUGCUCCCUUAGAUUAUCUCUUUUGUGGAAUUCACAAAAUAUUUUGGUUAUUAGGAAUCUGUAUAUUUUAACCAUUGAAAACUGUAUCCACAUUUGUAAGCUACAUAUACUAUAACUGUGAGUUUGUUCUUUUGAUACUAUGUCAAUCCAAAUACUGUGUAACACAAGUAUAGUAUAGCAUGGUACCUUGGAGAGUAUGUAGUUGUACAUGUUGUCAUUGGAACAGUAUUUCAUGGGCAGUGUUUAUUUUGGCUACUAUAUUUGCUAUGUCACAUUUGUAAAUAAGCCCUCAUAAAAAAUAAUACAAAUUGAAAAAGCUUUAUAAAAAUACAUUUAUUUUAUGUUUAUAUACUACAGCGAGUUCUGCUAUAACGCGUGUU